AUGGCGGCGCUCGUGUCCAUGCUGAAUCGUGAGCUAACGGUAAUAACAGGAAGAAGUUCGUUGUUAAAUGGCUGUAACAGUGUUGUUAUAAAUCCAAGAAGAUCUAUUCGAGGUCUCAGGCGCAGACCUGUGGCUGUGCUUUAUCCCGGAGAUGAACGAGAAACUGUUCUUAAACCCAAUCGGACAUCCGAGUCAAACCUGCAGCACAAACAUGAACCUGCUGGACUGAAGAGAUCAUCAGGACUGAAACCUGUACAAACACCAGGAGCAGCUAUAAACAAACCGAGUGGAAAUAAAAUCACGCCGAAACUCUCUAUUGAUACUUGUAGUGUGAGAGAGCAGCUGGGUGGCUUACGGUUCGAAAAAGCUCUACCUGGAGAUAAGAGACUAGCUAAGUUGGUGAGCGUUGGACGCUCCAGGGCAUUUCGGGAGCAGGAGGGUAAAGUGUUGCUAGAGGGAAGGCGUCUGAUCUGUGAUGCCCUGGCUGCCGGAGCCACUCCACAGGUGCUGUUCUUUAGCAGGGUGGAGCGCCUUCAGGAGCUUCCGCUGGAUAAACUGGGCCAGGCAUCUCUGGUCAAGGUUAAAUUUGAGGACUUGAAGAUCUGGUCAGAUCUGGUCACUCCACAGGGUCUUAUAGGUAUAUUCUCAAAGCCAGAAGCAUCCCGCCUUAUGUUUCCCAAAGAUCUACGUCUCCAGUCGAUCCGUUUGUUCCUGAUCUGUGAUAAUGUACGAGAUGCAGGCAGUCUGGGCACCAUCUUGCGCUGUGCUGCUGCAUCUGGCUGCGAUCGAGUCCUCCUUACUCAAGGUUGUGUGGAUGCAUGGGAGCCUAAGGUGCUGAGGGCUGCAAUGGGGGCCCAUUUCCGCAUCCCCAUAUUCCCAGGUUUGGAUUGGGAUCGUAUUUCAGAACACUUACCAGAGCAGGUGACGGUCCAUGUAGCAGAAGAUGCUAUUGCACCACUGGUUAAUAAGACUAAAACACAAUCUGAGGAAUACGAUGACUCUGACUCUGAAGAGGAACCCGAUGAUGACUUCGCUUACCCAUGUUUGGAGCGUAAGGUAUAUCAUGAGAACUGGGCACACAAAAACACAGCACUGGUUGUUGGUGGAGAAACACAUGGACUGAGCUUGAAGGCUUUCCAGUUGGCUGAGGACACAAACGGCUAUAAACUUUGCAUCCCGACAGCUCCAGAAAUUGGGUGUUUGAGUUCAGCAAUGAUGGCUAGCAUUUUGCUCUUUGAAGGUCGGAGACAGUUGAUGAAGUCGGUUCAGAAAGCAAGUAGAAGAGUAAGAUCUGUGACAAGUAAAUAAGUUUUUCCACAUGUACAUACAAAGCUAUUGAUCACCUACAUUUAUAACAAUAACAAUGUUUUUGUUAGUUUUAGCAGCAACAACUGGAACCAAAUGCUCUUCACAUUGCUGUGGAGGACUUUGUGCCAACUGUUUGCAGAACUGCGUGAAUUUUGUGUUUGGAAUCAUAGUGUUCUUGCAUACAGACUAAUGAAACAACCUUCUCAUUUAGGGUCUGCUGGAAAAUAAUUAAUAGCUCUGUUUAUUAUGGCAGGUCGCUCAGACCCUAAAGCCUCCCCAAACCAUCACGCUAGCACUUGUCAAUUUAAUCUGGUUGACUGAGUAACUAAAAGGGCAUUUAUAUUUUACAUAGGUCCAAUUAGUUUUGUCUUUGUUCAAAUUUUCAAAAGGGUCAAGCCAAAAGAGUACAGGUAUUGGCAAGUAUUAAGCCUCUAGGAUCAAACCACAGUGUAAUAUUUAAAUUGAGCAAACUUGGAACAAAACAUCUGUAAGGGUUUAGUGACAACUCAUCCAAGACAUCACAAAAAUCCCAGAACUUUCUAGCCUUAUCUAAGGUCAGUACUCCUGACUUUACAAUACAGAAGGCACUAAAAAUGAGAUUUGUGUUAUAGAAACAAGGAGAAACUGGUAAACAUAGGAAACGUCAGUGUUAGUCAGUUUUGAACAAGAUCUAUAAUGGCUGGCAAAAUCAAAUGCACCAUUUUAUAUUAUAUGUUUGUGUGGGGAUAAAUUAAUAAGAAGGUAAAGUCAUCUGUUCAUGAGCUGAAACUGAGGUGUGAUUGGUUUAAGCAACAUGACAAUGAUGCAAAACAAAAGUAAGUCCACAUCUGAACAGCUGGAAAACAAAGUUUUUUGUUCAAACCCUUACUUGGACUUGACUUGAACAAGGGUUAUAUAAGUGUUGAGAAAUACACUGUUCCUUAAAUAAAUCACAUUAUGUAUAAAAAAUGUUUUACUCAAGUUCCGUUUGUGUAAUUUUUUGUUUUGUGUAAUGAUCCACAGCAAUUUAAUAUGACAUUUGCUAUUACAGAUGAGAGUGACAUUUUUAAAGCACUGUACAUGUAUUAAAACAAAUAAUCAUG